CUGGGUCCUGCUGUGGGUGCUGGGCACAUCCCGGCUGGCGAUGGCCACGCGGCGCAGCUGUGCCGUGCCAGCCCCUGCCCGACGGGAGCCGGUGCGGGGGGCGAGGGGGGUGCCAGGCGCUGCCCCAGAUCCGUGCUGCUGCUUUAACAGGCGCUGCCAGAGAGCUAAUACCCCCUAAUCAGCUGUCCGUCACUGCAGCCCCCAGACUGAUAUAAAACGCCCCGCAGCAGCUCCCCGGCUCUGCUCCCGCAGCAUGGCAGCUCCUCAGGGAGAGGGGAGCCCAGGCCAAGAGCCGGGGGGCUGCAGGGGGCCGUGGGGAGCCCUGCAGGGGCCCCCACCAGCCCUGCUGCCCUGCCCCUGCCCUGUGCUGGCCGGCUACAACCUGCUGCUGCCCCCCCUGAGCCUCCUGGCGCCCUCGGUCCCACCAGCCUGCGCCGUGCCCCCGGGGCUGCUGCCCAGGACCGGGCUCUGCCCCCCCUGCUGCCAGCAGCCCCUGCCCAUGGAGCCGGGGCGUGUGAAGGCAACCACGGCGCGGGAGAGCACCGGGGCGCUGAAGGCCUGGCUGGCCCAGCACCCCAGGAACCCCUACCCCAGCAAGGGCGAGAAGGUGAUGCUGGCCAUGGUCAGCCGGAUGAGCCUCACGCAGGUCUCCACCUGGUUCGCCAACGCCCGGCGGCGCCUCAAGAAGGAGAACAAGGCGGGCUGGGCAGCGCGCGGCACCUCCGACGGCGAGGACAGCGAGGGCGAGGGGGCUCCGAGAGGGACUUCCCCCAGCUCCAGCCCCGGCCCCGUGCAGGAUGGCUGUGGCAGCAGCCCCACUGCGGGGCCGGGCCCUGGGCAGGGUGAGCAGCUGCAGAAACCCAAGAUCUGGAGCGUGGCGGCAAUGGUGGCGUCUGGCCCCGGAGAGAGCGGGGGAACUGCGGCGCUGCCGGGGCGGGGGGGGGGGGGGGGGCUCGGUCCCUCCUGCCCCCAGGGUUAGGCUGCACCACGGCGUGCAGUGCCAAUGAAUGUGCAUGCAGCUCAGACCCUGCCCCAGCUGCCCCAGCCCCUCUGCC